CUCUACUCGGCUCAAUACUCUGGAGCCCCAGAAAACGGAGGAGGGGUUAAGAGAGGGGGCCAGGAACACCCAGUCUAGAACGCUGGAGGCUGUGAGGCUGGUGCCUUUCCUAAAGUUUAUUCUGGCCCCACCAGAUCCCAGAGAGCCAGCAGCUUCCUCUGUUGACUCUGGGGCAGGGGUGGCGGGCUGGAAAGGAGUUGGAGCGAGAGGAAGAGGGUGGGCUCAGGGUGGAGGAUGAGGCGGCCUUCUGAAGACCAUCUAGUCAUCUCGCCUCAGCUCUGCAGCCGGACCCGGCGCUCAGAGAGUAACUCCGGGCGGCUCCUCCCUCGUUUGGCUUUCUCGCGUCUCUUCCCUUUCCCUGAGCCAGAGAGAUGCAGGCAGCGCCGGGUCCCGCUCUCCUGCCCCGAGGUGGCCCCUUUCGGGGGGCGCCAGAAGGACCUCAGGCCCCAAGGCCCUGUCCUGGGUGCCCUCGCCUGGUGGGGGUGGGCGCUGCCUCCCGGGCGGGGGCCACGUGGCCUCGACCGGGCGGGGGGCUUGGCCUUCCCCUUGUGAGCCCAGUGACUCAGGCCGCAGCUGUUCCCGCGUCACAUGAGGGAGGCUGGAGGCCACUCGGGGGGGAGGGGGCUGUGGCUGGAGCCGGGGCGGGGCCGCGCGCCGGGCGGGGCCGGAGCCGGGGGGCGCAGCCAGAGAGCCCCUGAGCGGCGGCGGGAGAGCAGCACUCAGCCUCCGGGAUCCCAGGCCCGAUAGCCAUGGCGGUGGAAGGAGGAAUGAAAUGUGUCAAGUUCCUGCUCUACGUUCUCCUGCUGGCCUUCUGCGCCUGUGCGGUGGGACUGAUCGCGGUGGGUGUCGGGACCCACCUCGUCCUGAAUCAGACCAUCACCCACGGGGCCACCCCUGGUUUCCUGCUGCCGGUGGUCAUUAUCGCAGUGGGCGCCUUCCUCUUCCUGGUGGCCUUUGUGGGCUGCUGUGGAGCCUGCAAGGAGAACUACUGUCUUAUGAUCACGUUUGCCAUCUUCUUGUCCCUUAUCAUGCUAGUGGAAGUGGCUGCAGCCAUUGCUGGCUAUGUGUUUAGAGACAAGGUGAGAUCAGAAUUUAAUAAGGACUUCCGGCAGCAGAUGCAGAAUUAUCCAAAAGACAACCAGACGGCAUCGAUCCUGGACGAGAUGCAGAAAGACUUUAAGUGCUGCGGGGCGGCUAACUACACAGACUGGGAGAAGAUCCCGACCAUGACCAAUCGAGUCCCGGACUCCUGCUGCGUCAAUGUCACCAAUAACUGUGGGGUUAAUUUCACCGUGAGGGACAUCCAUGUUGAGGGCUGUGUGGAGAAGAUUGCGGCCUGGCUGAGGAAGAAUGUGCUGGUGGUGGCUGCAGCGGCCCUGGGCAUUGCCUUUGUGGAGAUCCUGGGCAUUGUCUUAGCAUGUUGCCUUGUGAAGAGCAUCCGGAGCGGCUAUGAGGUGAUGUAGGGGGUCUGUCUCCUCAGCCCCCUCAUCCGGGGGAGUGGGGCAAUAUACGCCAGGUUUUUCAAUUAAACGGAUUAUUUUUUCAGACCCCAAA